AUGACGACACCGGGGCCUUCGAUGGCCAUUGUGCCGCCGACGCAUGCACCGCACCCCACCACCGAUGCCAAGUCGACAUUGCAUCCUGAGCUUGGCGUCCAUGACGCCAUGCGUCACGGCCUUCGCAGCCUGCACAGUGAAACAGCGGCGGCAUCGUACCAUCCCAUCCAGCACCGUUUGGAACAGUGGGACGAUACGCAACGUCAGUGGAAAUUGACUAUGCAACGAAAUAUGUUCGGUAUGGGGGCACCCAUGCGGACCAUGAUGGAGCGCCACUUUGUGGCUCAGUCCCCUCAUAUGCCUGCACGGCGCGUGGCGAAUUUGCACCUGGAUGUCCUGGAUGGCCGUGAUGAGACGCUGGAUCCGUCUGAUUUCCUUCCUUCGGACACAACUGGCGACAUGCGCGAUCUCCAUACUGCGAUGGAGCGCAAGUGGGGCGUCUAG